GUUUCUACCGUUGCUAUGGGAGAGAUGUGUAUACCCACAAUGCACCCCAAUGAGCUAGUGAACAGAAGCUAAGAAUCUUUAGAGGUUUAAAUGUGCUUAAACAAAUAAAGCGUAAAUGGAGAGUGAGCAGCGCAACAGUGUUGUUUUCAAUGCAUCCAAGAGAGAGUUGUUCACCAUCAACAAUGGAUACAAGUCAGUGCAGAAGCGUCUGAGGGCACAGUGGAAGAUUCAUAGUAUAAAGGAGGAGUUGUCUUUGGAGAAAUUAAAUGGUGUGAAGUUGUGGAUCACGGCAGGACCAAGGGAAAAGUUCACAGCUUCCGAGUUGGAGGUUCUUAAGCAAUUCUUAGAUGGAGGAGGAGAUGUUCUUGUGAUGCUUGGUGAAGGGGGGGAGAUGAAGUAUGACACUAAUAUUAACUUCCUGCUCGAAGAAUUCGGGAUAUUGGUCAACAAUGAUGCUGUGGUAAGAAAUGUAUAUUACAAGUAUUUCCACCCAAAAGAAGCACUUGUGUCCAAUGGUGUGCUUAACAGAGAGAUCAGUCGGGCUGCAGGCAAGGUGGUAACUGGAAUCAUUGAUGAUGAAAGUGCUGGUAACAAUGCACAGGCUCUGACUUUUGUGUACCCAUACGGCGCUACCCUGGCCGUGAUGAAGCCUGCUGUGGCUGUUCUCUCCACAGGCUCUGUGUGCUUUCCUCUCAACAGGCCUGUCCUGGCCUUCCAUCAGGUCAAAGAGGCGGGCAAGUUGGCAGUGCUGGGGUCCUGCCACAUGUUCAGUGACCAGUACCUGGAUAAGGAGGAGAACAGUAAAAUAAUGGAUGUGGUGUUCCAGUGGCUCAUGACUGACAACAUUCAACUGAACCAGAUAGAUGCAGAGGACCCUGAGAUUACAGAUUACACCAUGCUACCAGACACUGGCUGCCUGUCAGAGAGACUCAGAGUGUGCUUGCAAGAGGGAGACGAAAACCCCAGAGACUUCACCUCCCUCUUCGAUAUGUCACUGCUCAAGUUAUCCACAAACACUUUGCCCCAAGUAAUUGGUUCUUACAAGCAGCUGAAUGUGAAACACGAGCCACUCCAGUUAAUUCAGCCUCAGUUUGAGACUCCUCUUCCCCAGCUGCAGCCUGCUGUUUUCCCACCUGCAUUCAGAGACCUUCCACCUCCAAUGCUUGACUUGUUUGACCUUGAUGAAACAUUCUCCUCUGAGAAAGUGCGUUUGGCACAGCUCUCAAAUAAAUGCACAGAUGAUGACCUAGAGUUCUAUGUGCGAAAAUGUGGAGACAUCCUGGGUGUGGCUGCAAAGUUGGACAAAGACCAGAGAGAUGCCAAACAUAUUUUGGAGCACAUCUUUUUCCAAGUUGUGGAGUUCAAGAAACUAAAUCAGGAACAUGAUAUUGACACAACAGAAACAAGAUUCUCCCCAUUUUGAUUGACCACUUCAAGUCCGUUUUGUACAAUGUAUUUAUUUCUAUAUUUGUAUUUAAAUCAUUCCAUUGAACUCGUCAUAUGACAGUUUUGUUUGCAUUCAACUUGUUUAAGACUACCAUCUUUACGUAACGCCUUUCACAUCUUUGUAAAGUGUUGUCAUAACAGAAAUGUAGAAAUUUGUAAUA